AGAGGAGAGAGAGAGAGAGAGAACACGGCGGCUGGAGAAGAGAGAGAGGAGAGGAGAAAGGGGAGAAGAAAGAGGGAGGAAGGUAGGUGGCGGGGCGAACCUCGAAAGUCUAGAGAUCUAGAGGAGGUUUCUGUCUGGACUGUGCUUUAAGUUUUUGAAGAUUUCUAUUUUCACUGGGUUCCUGAGGAAUCGAGGUCCAGAUCGAAGGUUGAUUCGUGGGGAUUGGCGAAGAGAGCUCUCGUCUCGGUUUGGAUCGGCUCUGGAUCGCUCGAGCGACGUUAUUUGUCGGCCUGGAUGGCUGCCCUACAGAGCUCAGAUCUGUUCAUCUAAGCGCCGCAUCGUCAAGGAAUUCCUUUAUCGUGCUUGAGAGGAACACUUGGGACCGAAUUAGAUCUUUGAAGCAGUUAUCACAGGAUAAGAAGAAACAUUUAUCUGAAGGCUAGGGAGUAUUUAGUUCUGAAUUCUGAUCAGAAGCCGCGCUUCCUUGUUUGGAUUUUAGACCUUUACGCUGGAGCGGUUAGGGGUUCCAGGAACUAUGUCUUCCUUGAGCAGGGAAUUGGUUUUCCUGAUACUGCAGUUUCUGGAUGAGGAAAAAUUUAAGGAAACCGUUCAUAAGUUGGAGCAAGACUCAGGCUUUUACUUCAAUAUGAAACAUUUUGAGGAUCUGGUUCAAGCAGGGGAAUGGGAUGAAGUUGAAAAAUAUCUUAGUGGUUUCACCAAGGUUGAAGACAAUCGCUAUUCCAUGAAAAUCUUCUUUGAGAUUAGGAAGCAGAAGUACCUUGAAGCCCUUGAUAAACAUGACAGGGCAAAGGGUGUUGAUAUACUUAUGAAAGAUCUCAAAGCUUUUGCCUCUUUUAAUGAGGAGCUAUUCAAGGAGAUUACCCACUUGCUUACCCUGGAGAAUUUUAGACAAAAUGAGCAGCUUUCAAAGUAUGGGGAUACUAAAUCAGCCAGAAAUAUAAUGUUUAUGGAGCUUAAGAAGCUUAUUGAAGCUAAUCCUUUGUUGCAUGAUAAGCUGACAUUUCCACCAUUUAGAGCUUCUAGGCUACGGACAUUAAUCAACCAAAGUCUUAAUUGGCAGCAUCAACUUUGCAAGAAUCCACGCCCAAACCCUGAUAUUAAAACACUUUUUACUGAUCACUCGUGUGCUGCUGCUCCUGCCAGUGGAGCUCGUGUGCCUCCACCUACCAAUGGUCCUCUUGUUGGAGCCAUUCCCAAAUCAGGGGCAUUUCCACCAAUAGGUGCUCAUAGCCCAUUUCAACCAAUUGUCUCUCCGCCUGCAAGUGCUAUAGCAGGAUGGAUGACAAAUGCUAACCCAUCAUUGCCACAUGCCGUUGUGGCACAAGCUCCUCCAGGUCUUGUGCAGCCUCCAAGUACAGCUGCUUUUCUGAAGCACCCAAGGACCCCUACGAGUGCUCCUGGUUUGGAUUAUCAAACAGCAGAUUCUGAAUACUUGAUGAAGAGAAUGCGUAUGGGUCAAUCUGACGAGGUGUCAUUUUCUGGUGCAUCUCAUCCACCCAAUAUUUACUCCCAAGAUGAUAUUCCAAAAACUGUAAUACGAACUCUUAAUCAGGGUUCGAGUGUCAUGAGCUUGGAUUUCCACCCUUUGCAUCAAACAAUACUUCUUGUUGGAACAAAUGUUGGUGACAUUGGCAUAUGGGAAGUUGGGUCUCGAGAGAGGAUAGCACACAAAAGUUUCAAGGUUUGGGACAUUGGGUCUUGUACUUUGCCCUUGCAGGCACUUCCUCAAGCUGCACUAAUGAAAGAUGCUUCAGUAUCUGUCAAUAGAUGUUUAUGGAGUCCUGAUGGAUCUAUUCUUGGUGUUGCUUUUUCAAAGCAUAUUGUUCAGACAUAUGCUUUUAGUUUAAGUGGGGAAUUGAAGCAACAGUUGGAGAUUGAUGCUCAUGUUGGUGGUGUUAACGACAUUGCCUUCUCCCAUCCCAAGAAGAGUUUGUCAAUAAUCACAUGUGGGGAUGACAAAACAAUCAAAGUAUGGGAUGCCAUUACAGGACAGAAGCAAUACACAUUUGAGGGCCAUGAAGCUCCUGUCUAUUCUGUAUGCCCACACUAUAAAGAGUCUAUCCAGUUUAUUUUCUCUACUGCCACUGAUGGUAAAAUCAAUGCAUGGCUCUAUGAUUGUUUGGGGUCUAGAGUUGACUAUGAUGCUCCUGGGCAUUCGUGCACAACAAUGGCAUACAGUACAGAUGGAACAAGGCUUUUUUCUUGUGGAACAAGUAAAGAUGGUGACUCACAUUUAGUUGAGUGGAAUGAGACAGAGGGAGCUAUUAAAAGGACAUACUCUGGUUUUAGGAAGCACUCACUAGGAGUUGUCCAAUUUGACACAACUAGAAACCGUUUAUUGGCUGCUGGUGAUGAAUUCAUGAUUAAGUUUUGGGAUAUGGACAAUACCAAUGUUCUUAUUACAACUGAUGCAGAUGGUGGAUUGCCUGCAAGUCCUCGCUUGCGAUUCAACCGUGAGGGUUCAUUGCUUGCGGUUACCACAAGUGACAAUGGUAUUAAAAUCUUAGCUAAUGGUGAUGGGCAAAGGUUGGUGAGGCUGCUUGAGAUGAGGGCUCUUGAAAACUCUCGAGGUGCUUCUCAACAGAUCAAUGCCAAUCUAAAGCCCCAAAUUGUCAGUGCACUGGGAACUGUUUCAAAUGUUUCAAGUCCUAUAGCAGCUACCCUUGAACGAGCUGAUCGAAUCCUACCUGCUGUGUCAAUGAGUAGCUUAGCUGCUAUGGAUAAUAAUAGGACAGCAGACAUUAAGCCAAAGAUCUCAGACGACACUGACAAGAUAAAAAACUGGAAGUUAGUUGACAUUGUUGAUUCUGCCAAUCCGAGAACCUUGCGGUUGCCAGAUACAUUGGCGACCUCAACCAAGGUUGUUCGUUUGUUAUAUACAAACUCUGGGCUAGGAGUAUUGGCACUUGGUUCCAAUGCUAUCCAUAAACUCUGGAAAUGGACACGUACUGAGAGAAAUCCUUCUGGCAAAUCAACUGCAUCUGUUGCCCCUCAGCUGUGGCAACCAUCAAACGGUGUUCUUAUGGCCAAUGAAACAAGUGAUAGUAAUCCAGAAGAAGCAACUGCAUGUAUUGCUUUGUCCAAGAAUGACUCCUAUGUUAUGUCUGCAUCUGGCGGAAAAGUUUCUUUAUUUAACAUGAUGACUUUCAAGGUUAUGACAACAUUCAUGCCACCCCCACCUGCAGCCACCUUCCUAGCAUUCCAUCCUCAAGACAACAACAUUAUUGCGAUUGGAAUGGAAGAUUCUACUAUUCAGAUAUACAAUGUUCGAUUUGAUGAGGUUAAAAUCAAGCUCAAGGGUCAUCAGAAAAAGAUAACUGGCCUAGCAUUUUCGCAGCCACUAAAUGUUCUCAUUUCUUCAGGUGCUGAUACUCAGCUCUGCAUGUGGAGUAUUGACGGAUGGGAAAUGAAAAAGUCACGAAUUAUCCAAACACCGGCUACUCAUGCAGCUCCAAUGGUUGGUGACACCAAAAUUCAAUUUCACAAUGACCAGACACAUCUCUUAGUUGUCCAUGAAAGCCAACUGGCAAUCUAUGACAACAAGCUUGAAUCUUUGUGCUCGUGGUUACCUAGAGAUGCACUACCAGCACCAAUUUCAAGUGCAGUGUAUUCAUGUGAUGGUCUACUGGUAUACGCUGGAUUUUGUGAUGGUGCCAUUGGAGUUUUUGAAUCAGAUAGCCUGAGGCUUCGUUGCCGGAUUGCACGGACUGCCUACAUAAGCCCAUCCAUUUCUAGUCCUGGAGCAGCUUAUCCCAUGGUGAUCGCAGCUCACCCAUCUGAACCCAAUCAGAUAGCCUUGGGUAUGAGCGAUGGUGCGGUGCACGUAGUGGAACCAUCCGAGGCAGACUCAAAAUGGGGGGUAGCCCUUCCGCAGGAAAAUGGAGCUUUCCCACCCGUCUCCUCCAAUCCUCCUUUGAACAAUAGUCAAGCAUCAGAUCCCCCUCCUAGGUGAUUAACCUUUCUUUAGUAGAACAAUAGUUACAUUCCUAGAUGGGCAUAGUAGGAGAAACAUUUGUGUGACAACAGCCACCUCCAAUUUCACAGCUUCUUCCCUUUUGUUUCUGCUAACCUGUUCGUUCUUGUAAAGCCCCUCGUAUCUAUUUGGGUGGCAAUAGAUGAGUUGUAACAUAUGUAGCUACCAUGGAUUUCUUUUCUCCUCUGUUCUCAUAAAUUCCAGUGGAUAUCACAGCAUUUUAAGAGAAAACUCAUGGUGGACAUUGGCUUGCUUCGUUCA